CGACCCUAGCUGUCUUUUUGUUCAUUAAUUAAUUUGUUGUUCUUGCCUUAUAUACUCUUUGGUUCUUGCAGUUCUUGUCAGUUCUUGUGAUUCUUAGUUUACCGUUACCGAAAUCUAAAAAUUUGAUAUUGAAGGAAGAUAAAUUUAUCAACAUUAUUACUUAUUAAUACCUCUUCAAAAUGUAUCUAAGAUAUUAUUUAAAUGAAAAUGGUGAACGACAAUACACUUUAGCGACGAUAGAUCCAAGUGGAAAACCAACUUUAUCAGCGCAUCCAGCACGUUUCUCCCCGGAAGAUAAAUAUUCUCGGCAAAGGAUAACUAUUAAGAAGAGAUUUGGUCUUCUGCUUACUCAACAACCGGAACCUAUUCAUUAGUUACAUAAUUCUUAGAAAUUAAAAAGCAUUUAUUUUUAAGAAGGUACUUUGUAAACAUGUGUUUAAUAUAGUAUUUUAAGUUCAA